AUGGGCGAUGUCCAAAGGUACACGUUGGCGGACGUAGCGUCGCGUAACGGGAAAAACGCACCCGUGUGGAUUAUCUACAAGGAUUCAGUCUACGAUGUCACAACGUACGUGGAUGAGCAUCCCGAUGGACCGGACUCGAUCAUGGAGCAGGCCGGCAAAGAUGCCACGAAGGACUUUGACCAAACAGGUCACACUGCCGACGCCAAGACCAUCAUGACCAAGUACAAGAUUGGAGAAAUUAUAGAGGAAGAAAAGAAAUACGACGCUAAUGGCAAAAAGAAGAAGAAAGUGGUCUCUGCUCCCCCAGAGAAGAACAACAGGAGUUGCAUAAACAUCGUCACGUGCGGAUUGAUUGGCUAA